AUGGAUUGGCUCCCUCACCGAACAACUGCUGUUCUGUUCCUUUUAUUGUUACUCUUGGAUUUCAGCACAGGAUUUCAUGUACAGGUAAAAGAAUGGGAUGAAAAUGGAGCAGCAAGAUGGAAAACAUUCAGAAGACAAAAACGUGAAUGGAUCAAAUUUGCUGCAGCUUGCAGAGAAGGAGAAGAUAAUUCUAAGAGGAAUCCAAUUGCCAGAAUCCGUUCAGAUUGUGAAGAAAAUAAUCCAAUCACAUACAGCAUUUCUGGAGCUGGGAUAGAUCGUGCCCCAUAUGGAAUAUUUGUUGUUAACCCAAGAACAGGAGAAAUUAACAUAACCUCUAUAGUGGACAGGGAAAUGACUCCAGUAUUUGUUAUACGUUGCUUUGCUAAGCACUCAGUGACGGGUGUAGAUUUGGAACCACCUCUUGAACUUCGAGUCAGAGUUUUGGAUAUAAAUGAUAACCCUCCUAUAUUUGCACAAACUGUAUUUACAGGAUCUAUUGAAGAAUGUAGUAUGGACAACACAUUGGUGAUGAAAAUAAUUGCAACAGAUGCAGAUGAACCUAAUCACUUGAAUUCCAAAAUUGCCUUCAAGAUAGAGAGUCAGGAACCUUCAGGUCCACCGAUGUUCAUUAUGAACAAAUACACUGGAGAACUUCAUCUAGCAAAUUAUCUUGACAGAGAGCAACAUAGUAGCUACACUCUUGUUGUGAAGGCGUCAGACCGGGAUGGAGCUGCAGAUGGAAUUUCAUCUCUUUGUAGCUGUAAUGUUAAAGUUAUUGACGUCAAUGACAACUUCCCAACUCUUGCUCAAAGCUCAUUUUCAGCAAGUAUUUCAGAAAAUUCACUUAGUUCGGAACUACUACGAAUACAAGCUCUAGAUGCUGAUGAAGAGUUCACAGAUAACUGGCUAGCAGAGUUUUUCUUUAUAUCUGGUAAUGAAGAUAACUGCUUUGAAAUUGUUACAGAUCCAACUACAAAUCAAGGAAUCCUUAGAGUAAUUAAGGAACUGAAUUAUGAACACAUCCAAAGUCACACACUGAGUAUUGGUGUCAGAAACCGAGCUGCCUUCCACCAUUCUAUUGCAUCUCAAUAUCAAGCUAUUGGAGUACCUCUCAUAGUAGAAGUAAAAAAUGUGAUUGAACCACCAAUUUUUCAUCCAUCUACAAUCAGUUUUACUUUAUCAGAAAGUACAAGACAGAGUCAUGUUGUUGGAACAUACACAGCCUUUGAUGAAGACACUGGGACUAUGGCAUCAAAUGUCAUAUAUAGUAUAGGACGUGAUCCGGGUGCCUGGUUCAAGAUCAAUCCAAACACUGGUGAAAUCACACUGAAUAAAGUUAUUGAUCGGGAAUCAUCCUAUGUAGUCAAUGGGGAAUACAGAGCAGAAGUCUGGGCUAUUAACCAAGGUUUUCCUCGACAUACUGCUACUGGUACCGUUGUGCUUUUAGUACAAGAUGUCAACGAUAAUUGUCCAACUACUAAUACAGAAACAAAGAAAGUAUGUAUGCAUUCUCCAUCAGUGGUUAUCACUGCCAAGGAUAUGGAUAGUGCUCAGUAUGGUCCUCCCUUUACAUUCAGCAUACAUGGUGAACCUCAAACUACAUGGAUUAUCAGAUCAAUAAAUGCUUCCUCUGCAGAACUAGUGGGUCAGAACAUUGACUUUUUCUUCUAUAAGAUCUAUGUCAAUAUUAAGGAUAACCAAGGCCGAAGCUGCCCACGACCUCAUAUAAUUCCUCUGCAAGUUUGUCGGUGUGAUAGUCGUAAUUACUGCACCAGUGGGGCCACAAAAAUAAUUAUCAUUGGUGGUGGUGGCGCUGGCGGUGGUGGUGCUGGAGGUGGUGGCGCUGGCGGUGGCGGCGCUGGCGGUGGCGGCGCUGGCGGUGGUGGUGCUGGCGGUGGCGGUGCUGGCGGUGGCGGUGCUGGUGGUGGCGGUGCUGGCGGUGGCGGUGCUGGUGGUGGCAGUGCUGGCGGUGGCGGUGCUGGUGGAGGAAGCCAGGGAGGUCAAACAGGUCAAGGAACAGACCAACAGGGCAAUGCUGGUGAGAGUGGUGAUGAAGGAGGUGAAGUUACGGGUGAUGGAAGUGAAACUGGGGGCAAUUACGAUGGUUAUGGUGAAGGUUAUGAAGGAGGUUCCUAUGGAGGAACUGGUCAAGGUUAUGAAGGAGGGUAUGGCAGAGACUCUCAAUCCUCUACAACGCUUAGUGGUGCCGCCAUUGGCCUGAUGUUCCUCGGUGGAUUAAUAUUUGUUUUGAUUCCAAUUUUGAUGUCAAUGAGCGACUGUUGUGGAUGUGGACCUGGAGCUGCGGCUGGAGUUGGGACUGGAUUUGAACCUGUACCUGAAUGCACAGAAGGAGCAAUUCAUCCAUGGGGAAUAGAAGGAGCACAGCCUGAAGACAGGGAUGUCUCACACAUUCUUGCCCCAACAACAGCUGCUGGAGGUGAAUUUGGUGAACCCUCUGAAAUAUAUACAAACACAUAUGGAGGAGGAGGAGUAGUAGCAUCUGGUGUUGAGGACACUACAGCAGUUGGCUAUGGUACUGGUACUGGUUAUGGAACAGCUGGAGGAAUUUCUGGUACAGGAGAAGCAAAAGGAUCAGGUGGAGGAACGAUAAAAGAAUAUCGAGAGGGAGGGGUGAAUAUGGCCUUCCUAGACAACUACUUCUCUGAGAAAGCAUUUGUGUAUGCAGAUGAAGAUGAAGGUCGUCCUGCAAAUGAUUGUCUACUGAUAUAUGAUCAUGAAGGAGUAGGCACUCCUGUUGGCUCUGUAGGUUGCUGCAGUUUUAUUGGAGAAGAUACAGAUGAAACGUAUUUGGAAACAUUAGGACCGAAAUUUAAGACUCUGGCAGAGAUCUGUCUGGGCAAAGAAAUUGAAACUUUUUCUGAAGCUAACCUGCCAUGGCCAUCUGGUAGUGCUACCUUUCCCAACCCUGAAAAUGAAAUAAACCUUCCACCACCUGGCACCACCAUCAUUAUCAACGGAGGUGCUCCAAUGCCUCCCCCAGGUAGUACUACAACAAUAGUUACCGAAAACACCUACACCGGGUCUACUUUGCAGCCCUCCAGGCCAAUGCCUGAUCCUUUGCUCCAUGGGAACGUGAUGGUGACUGAGACCUACACCUCCGGACCACCCUCCCUCAAUGUUGAUCCUCUACGCGCAUCAAACGUUGUCGUCACAGAACGGGUAGUGGGGCCAGCCUCUGCAUCCGAUCUGCGCGGCAUGUUAGAUAUCCCUGACCUCACCGAGGGAUCCAACGUCAUUGUCACAGAAAGAGUGAUUGCACCCAACUCCCGACUCCCAACUUCCCUGAGCAUCCCUGAUCUUGUUGACGGGUCCAAUGUGGUAGUGACAGAAAGGGUGAUCAGGCCAGCCUCUGGGAUGCCCGGCAGCUUGAUCAACAUCCCUGMCGAGCUAUCCAACACCCACAAUGUGGUGGUCACGGAGAGAGUGAUGUCAGGGACUGGGAUGAGUGGCAUGGGUGGAGCUGGUAUGGCUGGGGCCAGCAUGGGCAUGACCAGCAUGGGUGGAGCUAGCAUGGGUGCGAUGAGGGAAGCAUCACAGAUGUUGAAUGCUGCUGAGUGUCACCUGGGUCAGCCCCUGGGCACGGCCUCCCCCGGUACCUCACGGCGCCGGGUGACCAAGUACAGCACUGUGCAGUACUCCAGCCAGUGA